AGCCAUUUAUCCUCUCCUUACUCCCACUCUAAUUGGUAGCCGCCGCCGACGAGGCUACAGCACCGGCCGCUCGAGCGUUGACGCGAUCUCCCUCGACUGGCGUGCGAGAUCGUCCGUCCACAACGUGCCCCCACGCCGUAUUUUCUGACUACCGGGAGUCAACGCCAGCUCUGCUCCGGCUACCCUGAUUUUCCUGGCGCCGGAAUCAGUCCGUUCCAUAUAGAGCCACGAUGCCUUCCAGCUCCGACUCCGACCCUCUGCUCGCGCGCGCCGACGGCGACGGCAUGACGGAAGAAGACGACGGCAUCGACGUCGCGGCGGUGGACCACCGCGGCCGGCCGGCCCCCCGCGCCUCCACCGGCCGCUGGCGGUCGGCGCUCUUCAUCAUAGCGGUGGAGAUCGCGGAGCGGUUCUCGUUCUACGGGGUGUCGGCGAACCUGAUCAGCUACCUGACGGGGCCGCUGGGCGAGAGCAACGCCAAGGCCGCGGCCGCCAUCAACGCCUGGAACGGCGUGGCGCAGCUGCUGCCGCUGCUCGGCGCCGCCCUCGCCGACUCCUGCCUCGGCCGCUACCGCACCAUCCUCAUCGCCUCCCUGCUCUACAUCCUGGGUUUAGGAAUGCUGGCUCUCUCGACAUUGCUGUCCCCCGGCAAUCACAAAUGCAGUAACACCGACGGCGGCACGCCCUGCCCGCCGCCGUCCGGUCUGCAGAUGGCCGCGUUCUACACCUCCCUCUACCUGGUGGCCCUGGCGCAGGGCGGGCACAAGCCGUGCGUCCAGGCCUUCGGCGCCGACCAGUUCGACGCGAGCCACCCGCGGGAGGCCGUCUCCCGGAGCUCCUUCUUCAACUGGUGGUACUUCGGCAUAUGCGCCGGCACCGCCGUCACGCUCGUGUUCCUCAGCUACAUCCAGGACAACAUCGGCUGGGGCCUCGGCUUCGGCAUCCCCUGCGUCGUGAUGCUCUGCGCACUCGCCGUCUUCUUGCUCGGCGCCCGCACGUACCGCUACUACGCCUCCGACGGCAAGCAGCGGAGCCUGUUCGCUCGUGCCGGCGAGGCUUUUGGGGCGUGGCGGAGCAGACGGCGGAAGUCGAGUCCCCUUGCAGUCUCCGAUUCGCAUGAAGGCCGUCGACCCGCAACACAGGCGCCGGAAUACAGUGCUCAGGUCGACGAGGAGGAGCAGGGAUUGGUGAUCAGAAACGCGGACCUCGUCGAGGAAGUCAAGGGCGUCCUCCGGCUGUUCCCGAUCUGGGCGACGUGCCUGAUCUACGCCGUGGCGUUCUCCCAGUCGUCCACGUUCUUCACGAAGCAGGCGGCGACCCUGGACCGGCACGUGGGCAAGCGGGUCCAGGUGCCACCGGCGGCGCUGCAGAGCUUCAUCAGCAUCACCAUCGUGGUCUUCAUGCCCAUCUACGACCGCGCCAUCGUGCCGCUGGCGCGCCGCUGCACGGGCGUCUCCUCGGGGAUCACCAUGCUGCAGCGCAUCGGCGUCGGGAUGGUGCUCUCGCUCGUGUCCAUGGUGGUGGCGGCGCUGGUGGAGACGCGCCGGCUCCGGAUCGCGGCGGACGCCGGCCUGGCGGACCUGCCCAGGGUGCCGGUCCCGAUGAGCCUGUGGUGGAUGGUGCCGCAGUACGUGCUGUUCGGCGCGGCGGACGUGUUCACCAUGGUCGGCCUGCAGGAGUUCUUCUACGACCAGGUGCCCGACAAGCUGCGCAGCAUCGGGCUGGCGCUCUACCUCAGCAUCUUCGGCAUCGGCAGCUUCAUCAGCAGCGGCCUCGUGUCGGGCAUCGACAAGUGGACGUCGGAGAGGGGGCCGAGCUGGUUCUCCAACAAUCUCAACCGCGGCCACCUCGACUACUUCUACUGGCUCAUCGCCGCGCUCAGCGCGCUCGAGCUUGUGGUGUACGUCUUCUUCGCCGUUACCUUCAAGUACAAGAAGGCAGCGGCAGCUGCCGUUGGUUAGAAUUAGCAGUAUAUACUCGAGCUAGGCAUAGGUUAAACGGAACUGCUAAAUCUCAGUCGACUGAGACUUCGCGAAGUCUCAGUCGACGAGCUAGCCAUUGGAUGCUUUGGUCGUUUCAAGAUUCGUGUUGGGUGCUUUAUCCUAUGUUUUGACCUAUAUAAAGCGCCGACCGGCCCGUUUUUCUUUUUUUUAGUCAGAGGGUCAUCGCGCUUGCCUUUUGUGGGCUGGACAGGUGCUAGGGUGGGCCUUUUUGUUUGUUUGUUCUUUUUUUUUUUACUGUCUUGUUUUUCUGGCCGCUGUAAAGAAAUGGAAUGGGAAGCGGCGGCCGAGAGCACCCCGUGGCCAGUAAUCAGUCCAUUUCUUCCUCUAUCUCUCUGUUCUUUCUCUGUCAAAAAAGCCAAAGAUCUCUGCGGUGGAACGAAAGAAAUCGCCUUUGCUCCUGAACGGCCAGCGAGAGCCUGGGCGAUGCUGCUAGUGGAGUACUUAGAGAUUAAUUAGGAUCUUUGGCCGAGAAGAUCUGGAAUAGUAUUGAGCAAAAGAGAUGGCUUGUGGAGUUUGUUUAAACCAUUGCAACUAUGAGAGUGAGGGAAGCGGUUUCAGCAUGUAUGUAUAGGAGCACUUCAAAAACGCAGGGGUUGUGCCAUGCAAUGAAAGGGUCCGUUUCAACAACAUGAUGGGAGCGAAGGAGGAGGGGGCGACGAGGAGAAGGGAGACAGUUGCAUGUCCGACAUUAGUCAUGCAAAAAAGUGCACAGACACUGACAUGGAUGACGAAGGAUGCGACCCUGAGCAAAAGAAAUGCAAAAGGCAAAGAGCAGUGUGUUGAAGAUAUAGAGUCAGAAGAGGGAGGAUAUCGUGUAGAAAUCACGUACACGGAAGUGUCGGAGGGCUUGCCUACACUGGUUUGUAACCUCUAAAUAUAUUCAUAUUUCUUCUAGAGUUUUAGUAGUUGAUACAGGACGUUAACUAGGAAACACAUGAUCUUUAACUUGUUGUGUUGCCUUGUCUCCAUGCUUUUUUUUGCUGUAGUUUUAAAAUAGCUAAUGCAUGAAUUUUGUUAACUAGCUACUUGAUGUCUAUGUAAGUUGCUAGUUGACUUGCUGAAAAAACAUCCAUAAGUUCCUGUGAUCAA